AUGUCACAGACAGAAGAAGGUCACAUAAAGACUGAAAAUAUCGAAGUGAGAAAUGAAGAAAAUGCGAUAAAGAGUCUUGACACACAAAAGGAAAAACAAGACGAGAUUGAAAAAGAAGAGAAACACGAAAUAAAAAGCGAAGAAAAAAGUCCGCCGAACAACCAAAACGAAAACGCGGAAGACUCACCAAAAUUUAAAAUAGUCGAAAAAGAAGAAAAAGUUGAGAAAGUUGAAAAUGAUAAAAUCGAGAGUGUCAACCGAAGAAAAAGUGAAGAGAAAAGACAGAGAGAGUACUUCACUGCAUUAAGAAGAACACUGAACGGCCUUAUCAACAAAGUCACACCAAAGAACAUUAAAACGAUUAUAGUUGAGUUAUUCAAAGAGAAUUUAGUCCGAGGGCGUGGACUUCUAGUUUCGUCUGUAUUACGAGCGCAAGAUGCCGAACCUAAGUAUUCAUCAUUAUAUGCGUCACUAAUUGCAGUGAUCAAUACAAAGAUCCCAAAUGUUGGGAAGUUGUGUAUUCACAGGACGAUUCAUCAAUUCAAAUUGUGUUGUAAACGCAAUGAAAAAGAGAGUGCGUUGAAGAAGUUACAAUUCUUAGCACAACUUGCUAAUCAAGACGUUGUUGGUCUUCUUCUUAUAUUGCAAUUUCUUGUUUACUUCAACAAGAACUUGAACGAUGACAACGUCGAGCGGAUGGUCAGUUUAUUGUCUGAAUGUGGGGAGUACCUCGACUACAAAGCAAAAGGAAAUGUUCAAACUUUUUAUGAGAGUUUACGAACUUUUGUGAGUAAAUCGGUUGGGAGUGAAAGAAUGAAAUUCAUAGUGACGCAAUUACUCGAACAACGAAGAAAAGGGUUUCCGGACUUUCCCGCGAAAGUUGAAAUGUUGGAUUUAGUAGAAGAAGAAGAUAAAGUGACCCAUCAAGUCGAAUUAACUACUGAACUGGAAAUCGAAGAGAAUUUGAAUGUUUUCCAAUUUGAUGAGGAAUUUGAGGAGAACGAGAAGAAGUGGGAGUUUAAACAGAAAGAGAUCAUAGGGGAAGAUUCGGAUGAAGAAGAGGAAAAUGGAGACGUGUGUAAUGAAGACAAUCAACAAAUAUCAAACAACGAAGGAGACAAACAGAAGAUGGAGAUGGAAACGUUUGACGACCAAACAGGGGCUCAAACGAUAUUUCUGAAAAAGAAGAUUUACAUCACAAUCAUGUCGUGUUAUAAUUUUGAAGAAUGUGUGCACAAGCUUCUGAAUUUAAAAAUGAAAGAGGACGAUAACAAGUAUGUUGUUGAGAUGGUGAUAGAGUGCUGUUCACAAGAGAAAACGUAUAAAAAGUAUUACGGCCUUGUUGCUGAGAGGUUGUGUGUGUUGUUCAAUAAGUUUAAAGACUCCUUCUCUAUUAAAUUUGAGGAGGUUUAUAAAAACAUUCAUGAAAAGGAUAUGAACCAAAUUAGAAGCUUGGCGAUGUUGUUCUCGCAUUUGUUCUCUUCGAAUGCAAUUGAAUGGAAUCUCUUCAGAUUUGUGAUUAUUACUGAAGACGAGACGACAUCUAGUUCUCGAGUUUUCCUCAAAAUUAUGUUACAAGACAUGUUCGAAACAAUGGGGAUGAAGGAAUUCACUGCUAAAAUUCUUGGAGCCAAUGUGAAGGAAUAUGUGAGAGGAAUGUUUCCAACAGAGAACAAAGAAGACGUUAUAUUUGCAUUCAACUUCUUUAAGGGAAUUGGGAUGAUCGAACUUGCAAAGGUCCUUCAACAAACAUAUCUGGACCUAAAAGAAAAAGACAAGAAGAAAAAAGAAGAGGAAGAACUUCGAAAUCGCGUCGAAAUAAAGAAUGAAACAAGUGAAAUGGAAGAAGAAAGACUCGAAGAGCAUGAUGAUCAACAAUAUAAUUACAAAAAUGACAAGAGUAUGGAGGAAGAUGAAAAACAAUACAGCGAAGAGUACAGAGACUUACGUAGUGAUCAUAGUAUGGAAGAAGAGAAGAAAGAUGAUUGA